CUAUGCCUAUCCUUUUAAAAUCAGAAGCAAACCUGGACUUCGUAGGUCGCACGGUGGUUAAGAAUCCACCUGCCAACAUGGGGGACAUGGGUUCGAGCCCCACUCCAGGAAGAUACCACAUGCCACAGAGCAACUAAGCCCAUGAACCACAACUAUUGAGCCUGUGUGCCGCAACUACUGAAGCCCAUGCUCUGCAACAAGAGAAGCCACCACGAUGAGGAGCCUGUGCACCACAAUGAAGAGUAGCCCCCACCUGCCGCAACUAGAGAAAGCCCACGCACAGCAACGAAGACCCAAAACAGCCAAUUAAUUAAUUAACUAAUUUAAAAAAGAAAGAAAGAAAAAGAAACAAACCUAAAGCCAUUUUUCAGUGAAAUGGAGACCUGGAUGCUUUUUGCCAUUCUGAUGGUAAAUGAUGAGACAGGCAACCAUGGAUUUUAGCACUCCAUCUGUGUUUGAUCAGCAAAAAGGUGAUUCAUCUGAAGAAGUUGACCUGACCAUGGUUUAUCAGGCAGCAUCUAAUGGAGAUGUCAAUGCUCUGACUGCCGUGAUUCGGGAAGACCCUUCCAUCCUAGAAUGCUGUGACAGUGAAGGAUGUACACCCUUAAUGCAUGCGGUUUCUGGACGUCAAGUGGACACAGUGAAGCUGCUGUUGAAGAUGGGAGCCAAUAUUAAUAUGCAGGAUGCUUAUGGCCGCACAAGUCUAUGCCUGGCAACCUAUCUGGGCUGGCUGGAAGGCUGCGUGAGUCUGCUAAGAAAUGGUGCCAAGCACAAUAUCCCAGAUAAAAAUGGCCGUCUGCCACUGCACGCUGCCACCGCGGAGCCCGAUGUAAGGCUCCUAACAGUCCUGGUGCAACAGUCAAACCUCAACGAGAUUAAUCACCAGGACAACGAGGGAAUGACACCGCUCCACUGGGCAGCUUUCCACAACCGGCCUCAACACACCCAAAUGCUGUUGAAGAAGGGGGCAGAUCCCACCCUCGUGGAUAAAGACUUUAAAACGGCUCUCCACUGGGCAGUCCAGAGUGGAAAUAGAAUUCUGUGUUCCAUCAUUCUGAGCCAUCACCAGGGUCCGUCCAUAAUCAACUACGAUGAUGAGAGCGGGAAGACGUGCGUGCACAUCGCUGCAGCAGCAGGUUUCAGCGACAUCAUCGACGAGCUGGCAAGAGUCCCUGAGUGCAACCUGCAGGCUCUGGAUGUGGACGACAGGACACCUCUGCACUGGGCUGCAGCUGCAGGGAAGGCAGACUGUGUGCAGUCACUGCUGGAGCUGGGCAUGGACAGCAACCUGCGAGACAUCAAUGAGAGCACGCCCCUAGCCUACGCCCUGUACUGCGGCCACACGGCCUGUGUCAAGCUCCUCUCCCAAGAGAGCAGCACAGAGCCGAUUCGACCCCUUCCUCCCCAGAACAAUAGACCCCAGAAGAAGGAGGGACGAUUCAGCGUGCUCAAUCAAAUCUUCUGCAAGAGCAAAAAAGAAGAGCAGAGGGCCUAUCAGAAGGAUCACAGCAGGGACUGGCACAGGGGGGAGCACACCUCGGAAGUCGAUGACAUCAUCACUACCUUCGACAGCAACGUGGAUACCAGCUGCCAAGAACAGCCUGAUGACCAGGUGGCUAUGGUGGACUUUAAGAAGAGGACCUCAGAGAAUUCAAAAUAUCACUUGCCCGAGAAGAAGCCACUGGCCCGUAAAGGGCUUCCACCAAUCAGAACGCAGAGUCUCCCACCCAUCACCCUGGGCCAUAACUUCCUGACAGCCUCCCAGGGGGCCACUUCCCACGCCGGCCUGAGCUCUGGUACUCAUCACGCCGUCCAGCGAUCUCAGAAAAGCCGAAGUGAGCAGGAUUUAUUGAAUAACAGAACUGGCUACCAGACGCUGCUAGAUAACCCUUGGAAAGGUGAUUCGAACCAGGUGUUCUGUAAAGCUUGGACUGUGUCUUCUUCUGAUAAGCUGCUAGACAGGUUGCUUACCAGCAGAUCCAGUCACCAGGAGGUGUCAGGGCUGUCACACCUUCCUCAUCUACAUAAUCCUUCAUCAGGACAAAAUUUUCAGCAUCUCUCCCCAAACAGACCUAAAAUCAGGGAUCUUCCUUUCACUCGGAACAACCUAGCUCCCCUACCAGACCAAAAAUUUCUAUCCGGAGAACCUCUUCGGACAAACCGUGUGCUUCCUGCUAUCCCAAGCCAGCGGGGACACAGCCCACCAGCUGAAGCAGAUGAAAACUCUGCCAAAUCCACCAAUGAUGAAAAUUAA